UGAGCCAGAGGUGCACAAGGACUGACAGGGACAAAUGAGCUCCUUCAGGAAGACCUCAAGGCUGCUGGAGAUGGGCAGGCAAAGGCAAGCCAGAGGGGCCUGUGCCGUGGGAGCCUAGAGUGGAUUGCUGGAGUGUUACAGGGCUUGUGGGGCCACGUUUCUGGACAUAGCACCUUUCUGAUCCUUCACCCAUCCUCGCCCAAAGUGGGAGAAGGGGAAACACCACUUUACCUUGUCCUUUAGUUUCUGAGGUGUGGGCUGGGGAGAGCAGUGGGAUUGGUGAACUAUUUUGGUUUUUAUUAGUUUACAAACAGAACUUGUAAGUUCAAUACAUGGCAUGCAGGAUACAGCUCGAUGAUCAGGGUGAUGGAGACCCAGUUCCUCAGGAAUCUUCAGGGGUUGGCUCCAGAAAGAGCAAGUUCAUGGGGAACUUCAGAGAGAACCACCUGUGGGCCUCAGUGCAAGUGGCUGGGGAGCUUCAAGGGUGGCUCAAGGAGCCUCAGGGUGGUGUGGAAACAAAGGCCCAAGAGGAUGUGGAGGAAUCAUGGUCACUUGCUUUUUUCUCUGGAAUAUGGCUCAAGCCAAUCUGGACUUAUAGCUUCCAGCAUGGUCAGAAGUCCUAGGAUUGGUUCCAGUUUACACAGACCAUAGAGCUCAAGGACAGAAGACAGAAAAUGAGCGACAGUCCCUGCCUACCAGAAGCCUCAGCAACAUCUGAGUUCACAUUCUUUCUGUGCACAUUCUGGGUUCACAUGCAGAUCUCGUGUGGAAAACAUGACCUGACCAAUUGAAAGUCUUCCUUCUAAGUGUGUUGAAGGGGAGAGGAAAGGCCACACAUCGUCCUUUGGAAAGGAACAUGGUCUUUCUCCCAGUGCAGGAGCCAGAACAGUUACACUGGUGUGGCAAGGAGACCAGGUCAGAACCCUUCUUGCUGUGGGUGCCAGCAACAGUCACCUUCUUGGCCUGCUGCUGUCCCAUGUCCAUGUGGAGUCCCUGGAAGACAAACGAGGGGUCACUGGCAUCGUGAGGCACCUGGUCUUAUCACAGGAAACAGCUUCCUGGGUAAGUCCUGAUGGGCUGACUCCUGGCAGUGAGGUGGGGACUCCACUCGGUGCAGUGGCCCAACCCUGGACAGAGCACUCAGGAGGGUGGACCCUGUUCUGUGGGAAGGUGCCACUGGCUGCGUGGAUCAUCCCAUGGGCUGGAAGUAAAGGAAAAUGAAAUCUACUCUCUGUUUCAGGGUACCUAUCUGUGGGGCUGAAUAAGGAGGGUCCCUGGAGGUUUUCUGGAGUUCACCCAAUGUCAAGGCAACAUAACGUAUCAGCUUCAGUUUUAGCUCUCAAGCUAUAGGUUUGUGAGUUCUGUAAUCUGAGAUGCAGGAAGUCCACAGUUCCCGUGACAACCAGCAGGUACAGUCCAAGGUUUCCGUGAUGACCAGUGCAGAUGCAGGAGGGCUCAGGGAUCUCAUAAACUGUGAGCAUGGAUGCAGGCGGGUCUGGAAUUGCCUCACUUUACAGCUUUGGAUCCCCCUAGGGUCCCAGCAUGGCACCCCUUGGACGGACUUCCUCCUUAUGCCUUGCUCCCUUUUCUUCCAGGGAGGAAGAUCUUUUCCUGGCCCCCAGGCCUCUCACCAUAUAUCAGUACGUAGUCGAUCCUCUCUUUGAGGCUGAUCCUGCUGCCCUGCUGCUAACUGAGGGGACAGUGCAGAGGUGGCUCCGAGAGGCUCAGCCGCACCCAAGACCAGGUCAGAUCUAGCAGAGUUGCAGAGGACAAGUGUUGGGAGACAACACUGGUGCUGACAUUUGCCCCCGGUGACAGAUGGCACGAGGUGUUACAGAGAAGGAGCCCUCUCUGGCUACUGGUGUGAGCUCUAAGAUGUGUUCCUUGCUCUGAGUGUCUUUACAGGCUUUUCCCUUGCCAGGACCCAGGCCUGAAUGGACUCACCACAGGAGGCCCUGACUGAUCCAGGAGAGCACAAGGCAGGGCUUUAAUCUCCUGCUGAAGUCCUGCUGACCUCGAUGCAGGCUGGUGAGGCUUAUGGUUCCCAGCCUGUCCCCCGUCCCUGCAGCCUCCCAGGCCUGAACCCCACUGGACCCUGGACCUGUUCCUUGCUGGGGCCACUGGUGAAGCUGUGCCCCUUGCUGUGUCUCCCUGUGGGACCAAGGUCUCCAUCUUGCUCCAUGUCCCUGGGUCCUGAACAUGCUGUGGACUGGCUAUGUCUUUGCAAGGUGCGGAAGCCCCCCUCGACCUCCCACCCCACAGGCCCUGCCUCCUAGGGCUCCACCUCCUUUCAAGAGGGCAGCAGGGGGACACAACCUUCACACAAGGCACCUAGGGGACACUCAGGCUCCAACUCGGCCAACUACUGGAAUGUCAUUAAGAUCAAAGUGGCUCUGGAGCUCACUUGGGGGCCCUGCCCGCUGACAGACCUUGGACACAGCCUGUGCCAGCCUCGGGCAUCAGCUGGCUGCUCUCCCAGCACCAGCACCAGCACCACCAGGUGGCGGGUGCCGGGGCCUUCAGCUCCCCACAUGCCAUGGCAGCAAGGGCACUGCCUUCGUUGACCUCAGUACCUCUGAAGUGACCUUCACAUGCCACCCCACUGCUCCAAGUCCCAGCACCCUGUCCCCGAGGCAGGUCCUGAGCAAUUUCCCCAAAAGAUUUUCUCACUCGACCAUGGGCAGCACCAGCCCCAGUUUGAGGGACCCAGAUGCUACUAGCAGAAGUCAAAGUGCUGCUCCACCUAACCAGUGACGACUCCUAGACCAGCCCGCCUCAGCCUCCUGUGAAGCCAGCUUCCUAGCAGUGCCAAAGUCCUGGCUUUUCCUGUGGCCACUGUGUCUGUCAAGACUGAAGUCAGAGGCAAAGUCUGCCAGUGUGGCCCCCACCCCACGCAGACCACUCUGCACCCCGGCACGGAGGAAUGAACCAAGGGGUGCUGGGAUGACUCAGUGGCAAGUGCUCGCCUGGCAUGCACAGUGCUGCCUGCACAUCACACAUCACGUGUGACAAUGCUGACCACUGUUUCCUCGUGCAGUGAUGCAACCCCAAGCCCAAGGUCUCAGUAGGAGCUGGUGAAGAGCUCACCCAGCUUCUGUAGCCAGCAGCCCAAGCCCCACUUCGUCAUUUUCAGUUGUCCGAUGUCCUGGUGGGACAGGCGCAGGGGUGCCGGUUUCCUGUACUUCAGGCACAGCCCCGUGGCACUGGGGGAUGUGGAGGCCACGUGUGAACAGGCUUCGGCUCUGAGCACAGCUGCAGCAUGGGAAGCAGUUGCCAGGGGGGACAGUGCCAGUGCUGCGGCAGCCGCUGCCCUGCCUAGCCUGGCCUGCGUCCCUGUUCCACGUGUCGGCUGGACUGGGUGCUCAGCUUCCUCCCUUGCUCCCACCAUGGGGGUGGAAGGACCAGCGGAAGCUGGGGAGGACAGGAAGCUCCGGCUCAUGUCCCCAACGGUGGCCUCCAGGGGGAGCCAGAUCCUCCUCGCACCUGGUCUUGGAUCUGUUCCCAGCUGUCCUUCCAGAAUCCUAGCAGGGUGACAGCUCCGUGCCUUCUCGCGUGCUCCUGUGGGUGGCCUGCUGGCUUCACUCUGUCACCUUCCCCAUGAGGAUGGCAGACUCCUUCCGCGGCUCCUGUCCCCACAGCAGUUGUCACCGGGGUCUCUGUGCAUCUCUCCUGCUCUUCCUCAUUCAUCCAUGAGGUUACGGUUGGAUCUGCCCCGCAAAUCUGUUGGCUUCGACAGUAAUGAGUACCCAGAGCCACUGGGGAGAGGACACUGGGAGUGGACACUGUGGAGCGGCCUCCACGGUUCUGGGAGGGGGCAUGGCCAGCCCCCUCCACCCUCCCUUCACUGGAUGAAGGUUCCCCCACCCACUCCUUCCUGUGUAGAAACCCAGAACAGAAAAAACAAAGGGCAGAGGCUGUUUUUCCAAACUGAGCAGCUCUAGGGGCAGAUCCACAGGAAGGCUCUGGCCUUGCUAUCGGUUUCCCUGCCCCGCCUUCCGCCUUUUUAGAAAUCCUCCGCUCUUUGCCACUUUGCUUCAGCCUCUCUGUCUGUGGGUGGUAAAUGGCUUUGUCUUCGAGAGACAGAUGUCCCUGAUGCAGCCACUAGCAUAGCGACCAUGUCAGCUCCUGGUGAGGUGCUGUGUCCAGAGGUUCCCAGGUGUGGCACAGGAGCAAAAGUGCAGGUGUGGGAAAGGGAGUCAAACCACGGCAGCAGGGAGAGUAGCCACAGCUCUCCUAAGCUCCGUACACAGGGCAGGGGCCUCACUGUGGUGUGGGUGCAAGGGACCCUCCUCAGCUCUGUCCCGCCUGGGAGGCUGGCCACCGUGCCGGAUUUCUUCCACUGCAAUUCUUCAAUACAUAUGUGCUCAAUGAGUUAAUAAAUCAAUGAGUUAGAACUGUUUAUUCAUCACUUAUUGUCAAACUGAAGCCUCACUGUAGGUUUUAAUUUCCCACUUGAUAAGGAAACAGUCUGAAAAUUGAGUGUCUUGUCCUUGGUGCCAAGGACUAAUGGGGACACCAGGAUCUGAGAACACAGGUGCCCCUCAUGCAGUUCUGUCCCUUGUUCUGCAAGUCUAUGCCCCUCGCCUCUUCAAUCAUGGGUUCCAGGGAUGUGUUUUAUUAUCUUCUUUCUUGCAAAUCCAGAGGGAGAGGGACGCUGUCCUGUAAAUGCUGCUGUGUCUGAAACACUUCUCUCAGAGUGAAGGCACCAGAGCUGAACCUUCUCUUCCUGCUCAGAGGCCCCGGGCCCUGGCUGCAUCUGAGCUCCCAACACCUCUGCAAGCUUCCUGGCAUGGUGAGGCCAUCAGGUCGAGGGCACAGCGGCGCCUGUGAGGGAAUUGCCGCUGAAGCGUGCAGGGCUGCCCCCGAGUGGGUUUUCACAAUCCAAGUACUCAGCUGACAAGAGCUCAUGUUGCCCUUUUGACUGUGAUACAGCUUGUUGUUAACGGUGUAUUACGUUUUGUUCAUGCAAGAAAUACCUGAGAAAAACAACUUGAAGCAAGAAAGAUAUACUGGCUCAUUUCACAGGAUUCAGUCCCUGGUUGGCAGCUCCAGUGGUUGUGUGCGAAAGCACAUCAUGGUGUAAAGAUGUGGACUCGGGCCUUCUUCCCCACUGGGAUUCAUGCCCUGUUCCUGAAGUAUGCAAUCUCUGCUAACUGGAAGAUCAACCCAGGGAAUACCAGAAAGGCUGAGGCGGCGCACCAAGGUGGGAGUGUGUGGUUCACCAAAACCUCGCACCACAGGGCCGGGUGUGAAAAAGAGGAUGAGGAGACUGGUCUCACAGCUCCCUCUAAGGAUGCGUCCUCCAUGGCCUAAUGUCCCGCUACACCUCACCCUCAAGGGUGCCACCACCUCCCGUGUGCUGACCUGCGCCGCAUCCAUGCCGUGAUAGCACAACAGGACGCGCCACUGUGCUCCGCAUGCCUCAGCUGCCAGUCAGGAGGCCCCUGUGCUGGCAAAAUGAAGACACACAGUGAAGAAUCAUAUGAACCUGACUCACCUGCCCCACACCACCGUCACCAGGCUGAAUCAGUCAACACAGGAAGUGCUUUGAGCUGCAGCUGGCAGAGGCAAGAAGUCAGUAAACGAAGGCCACGCAACAUCAUUGUUAUACCAGGUCAAAUGCGAUGACGACGGCUUCCUCGGAAAGGCUGAGUCCGGGCGGCAGGGAAACUCACAAGAGUCUCCAGGGGCCGAGUCGGACCUGGGUCCACGGGACGCCUGCUGGGCAGUGUUUCCACGGAGCAGCUGAAAAAGUGGGAUCCACUCACGGGUGUUUGGUAAGGGCUGUGGAGGAACUGACUAACGCACAUCAGAAACAGGGAACUCGAACAGCCGCCCAGACCUCGCGACCUCGGAGGAAGAGUAAUUUUAGAAAAUGCCAAAUAGGAAAUUUGCUGAUGGUGAAGUGGUAAGAGGUCGAUGGCCUGGGAGUUCUCUCUAUUAUGAAGUGGAAAUUCUGAACUAUGAUGGCAGAUCCCAGCUCUAUACUGUAAAAUACAAAGAUGGAACUGAACUGGAGUUAAAAGAGAAUGAUAUCAAGCCUUUAACGUCCUUCAAGCAGAGGAAGAGCAGCUCAACUUCCAGUUCUCCCUCCAGACGCCGUGGGAGCCGCGGGAGCCGUGGCAGCAGGUCUCGGUCUCGCUCCCGGUCCCCUGGCCGGCCGCUUAAAGGUUCCCGGAGAUCCACCUCCGCUUCCCACCAGGCCGAUGUGAAGGAGAUGAGGAGAGAGAUUCUGGAAGUUAAAUUGACUCCGCUUAUACUGAAGCCAUUUCGGAACAGCGUCAGCAUAUACAAUGGAGGACCAGAGCCUGAGCAGAGUGAGGGAAAGGACAUACCUCACAGAAAACCUCAGGAAAGAUUCACCAUGCCCCAAGAAAGCAGUUAUGUGUCUACUCAGUAUAGCCUUCGUCCAAGAAGAGAAGAGGUCAAAUUUGAUGAAGUCAAUUCUAAGGAAGAAAAGCUUAUUGCCAAAGAACCCGAUUUGCUGAGAAUGUUUCAUGUGGCCACCCCUCAGAGGAAGGAGCUAGAGUUCGGGGGCAUUCCUGGUGCGCUGCUCAUCAUGCUGGGCCUGCCCAUCGUCGUCAUCCUGCUGCUGUCCCUGUGCCAGCAGGGCAACCCCAGCCUCCUGAGCUUCCCGUCUCCCUUGCCAGCUCUGUGUGACCUGUGGGAGCCCCGAGCCAGUGGGCUCUACCUCCUCUGGUUUUUUGUUCAAGCUCUGUUUUACCUGCUGCCAGUUGGGAAGGUUGUAGAAGGACUGCCUCUUGUUGAUGGAAGAAGACUCAAGUAUAGAUUAAAUGGAUUCUUUGCUUUCGUCUUGACCUCUGCAGUCCUUGGUGCAGGUCUUCUCUGGGGCCUACAGCUUCAUUACCUGUUCGACCAUUUCCUCCAGCUGGCUGUUGCGGCCAUGAUGUUUGCAGUUGUCCUGAGUGUUUACCUCUACGCACGAGCUCGGAAGGCACCCAGGGACGAGCUGUCGCCAGCCAGCUGUGGAAAUGCUAUCUAUGAUUUCUUCAUUGGACGUGAGUUGAAUCCAAGAAUUGGUUCUUUUGAUCUCAAAUACUUCUGUGAACUACGCCCUGGCCUGAUGGGAUGGGUGGUGAUUAACCUGGCGAUGCUUUUGGCUGAAAUGAAGGAGCAGAACCGGGCUGCUCCAUCCUUGGCAAUGGUUUUGGUGAACAGCUUCCAACUUCUGUACGUGAUAGAUGCUCUCUGGAAUGAGGAGGCGCUGCUGACAACCAUGGACAUUGUUCACGACGGGUUUGGGUUCAUGCUGGCCUUUGGGGAUCUGGUGUGGGUUCCCUUCACCUACAGCCUGCAGGCCUUUUACCUUGUCCGCCAUCCCCACGAGUUGUCCUGGCCACUGGCCACACUGAUCAUCGCUCUGAAGCUUUGUGGAUACAUAAUCUUCCGAUGUGCAAAUUCUCAGAAAAAUGCAUUCCGGAAAAAUCCCACUGAUCCAAAGCUUGCGCAUUUGAAAACCAUUCACACUUCCACGGGAAAGAACCUCCUGGUGUCCGGUUGGUGGGGCUUUGUCCGCCACCCCAACUACCUGGGCGACCUCAUCAUGGCCCUGGCAUGGUCCCUGCCAUGUGGUUUUAAGCAUGCACUGCCGUACUUCUACGUGGUCUACUUUGCCAUGCUGCUGGUGCACCGGGAGGCACGGGACGAGCAGCAGUGCCGAAGGAAGUACGGGCUGGCCUGGGAGCGGUACUGCCAGUGUGUGCCAUACCGCCUGCUGCCCGGCGUGUACUGACCACCUGCCCACCUGGCCAGCCGGGUGCGUGCCGGACGGGCGAGCCAAACAGGUCUUUCGUGGAGCCCUGUUUAUUUUUAAAUUGCAACAGUGUAAGGAAAAACACAAAUAAGAAUGUUAGACUGUGUAUCUUAACAGGAAAAUUUCAACCCUUACAAAUCUGAAGACAGUUUUUCUUAUAAAUGCAUUGAAAAAAUACUCUUAUUAAUGUUCAUAGUUUUUGAUUCCUUUCAAAUUUUGAUAUAUUUCCUUUUGCUAGCUGUUUUUUGUUAAAACACUGUUGCAUUUAAAAUACAUUUCUGUUUCACUGCAUUAAGAGAAUAGAACUUCCAUUCCUUUCUCUUUAAAGCAUUUCCUAGCUGUGUGGUUUGAAGGUAUGAGGAGUGGUGCAGGCAGCAUGCUGUUGCAGGGAGAUGGUACAGUCAUCGUCUUAACCUCAGCUUCUAAACCUGCAUUGGAAAGGUGUAAAUAAAUAGCUUACUUGUAUGUAAUAUACAGUAGCUGCAGAUUUCUUUUGUACAGUGUUUUCAUUGUAAGAUAAAUGUCAGAAUGUAAUAGCUUUUUAACAUUUUUAGUAUUUAAAAUUGUUUUAUAAAGUAAUACAUGUGAAUUAGAAGUUUUGAAACAAUUAGAAUUCACUUAAUAUUGUAUAGAAGAUGCUGUUAAAACAUAGGAAAGGUAUUUUUCUUAACCCAGAGUUUGUGAUUUUUGGCUUUGCUACCUCAACUGUAGGUCAUGGUUGCCUUUAUACACUGUUGCAAAUAGAAAAAAUAGAAUAAAUAUAUAUUUUUGGAGGAACAUCACUAUUUAAACAUUUUUACAUAUUAGUGUUUGAAAGUUUGCCACUUUAGGCUAAUAUUUUUAUAUAUUUUUUUACUUUUAAAAUUCAGCGGUGUUUUGCUACUGUUUAUCUCAUGCGGUCUAAUCUGUAUUUUAUGUACCAUUUAUAUCUGUAAAAUUUUACUUCUGGUAAAAGAGUGCUAUCUAAAAACAACCCAAGGGAUUUAAAUUUGUUUAAUAGAUGGGUAUAAGGUAGCUUUAGCCAUUAAAUUAUAAUGAAGUUGUUGUAGCCUUAUUCAUUAUUGGUUGUCUUGUAAUUGAACAGUAGCAAAUUCACUAAACUUCUAUAUUCAAAACUGAAUCAUUCCCUAUAUCUUAAGUACAGGGAAAUGUAGUGCAUGUGCCACGUGUUACACAGGAGAACGCACACAGUGGAGGAGCCCUUGGCAAAUGCAGUGCUCAUCCCGCUCUGCAAUUGGAAGUGUGUGUGACUUAGUCCCUGAAUGUGAUCCCAAGGUUGGUUUGCUAGUCUAGUAUUGUGUCCUGGUGGAACUGUCAGUACCUUACUAGUGCUUUUGUGUGUCAGCAUGUUUUUCUUUGCUGUUUUAAUUCCUCCCUCCUGGUGCUAUAGUGGUGUGCAGUGUUUUCUGUGCUGGACCUACCGUGAAGGCUGGGGUGGGAUGGAAGGGGUUUCCGUUCUCUCCUUGGCAAGGAAGAGAGGGCUGCAUUUUUCUACAUUACCUACAGUUUGUUUUAAAUUUUGCUUUUGAAACAUUUGAUAAGCUUUACAAUGAAGUUUUAAGUUGGAAAUAAAGUUGAAAAUAAAAAUGUUGCUUUAGAGCCUCAUUUCUUUUCUGCCUACAACUCUGGGGUGAUUGCAUUCCAGGGUUCUUGCCACCUAGUUGCUGCAGUCCAGCGCAGGGUUUCCUGGCUACUUCCUGGCCCAUCAGCUUCUACCAGCCCCAACCUGCACCACCCUCCCUGCAGCCUUGCAAUCUGCCGUAAUGGACUUUGUUUCUCUGAUGGGCUUUGUGGUCUGCUUCAUGGCCAUCUUGGACGUCACUCCUUAGUGGCCUUCCGUGCCCUGGAGCAGCAUCCCCAUUUGGACUCCACCAGCACGGAGUCACACAUGAGUUCAUGCAGGCCAUGCACUCCAGAUUUUGGGGUUUUUUUUGUUUGUUUUGGUACUGGUGAUCGAACUUGGGUCGGGUCCUUGUGCUAGUGAGGCAGGCAGCAGAACCACUAAGCUAAAUGCCAGGCUCACUCCAGAUAUUUACUGAGAGCUACAGGGCAAGGACAGCCCUUCCUGUCCCAGGGACGGGGAGGGGCCUGCACAGGACCACA